AUGAUCCUUUCCCUGAGAAACUGCGGUCUCUCCAAGUGUGUCACUCGCUACCUGGUGGGCAUGUCAGCGGCAGAUUUACUGGUCGUUAUUUUUGACGUGACAUUGAGACAAAUUCCAAUUGUUUAUAGGGAAACGUUUGCUCUCAUUCAGUAUUCUGUCCCGGUGUGCAACAUCCACGCUGUCCUGCUUUAUGCAGCCACUGAUUGCUCAGUCUGGUUCACCGUCACUUUCACCUUUGAUCGAUUUGUUGCCAUUUGCUGCCAGAAGCUGAAAAGUAAGUUUUGCACUGCGCGAACAGCAGCUGUGGUCCUGGGAUCUGUCUCUGUGUUGAGCUGCUCAAAGAAUAUUUUCUGGUAUUUCAUGCUUGGAACUCGAUAUUGGUUGUUUAACAAGCCCUGGUUUUGUUCUGUGACAAUAUAUGUUCAGUUCUCUCUGGCCUGGUCGUCAAUUGUGUUCAUGCACAACAUUCUAACCCCGUGUGUCCCAUUUGUCCUGAUUCUACUGUUAAAUAUUUUCACUGUCAGGCACAUCUUGGUGACAAGCAGAGCCCGCAGGAGACUCCGGGCACACAGCAGUGGGGAUUGUCCCCAAGACAAAGAGAUGGAGAACCGAAGGAAAUCCAUAAUUUUACUCUUUUCCAUCUCGGCGAAUUUUAUCCUGUUGUGGUCAGUGUUCAUGUUUUUUUCUAUAUGGUGGCGGAUGUUUCAUGUGGGGUAUCGGGCAAUAUUUCUUGAUGCUUUUGUGAUGGAACUGGGCUUCAUGCUGCAGCUCCUGAGUUGCUGCACUAACACCUGCAUUUAUGGCGUGACGCAGAGUAAAUUCCGAGAUGAGUUGAAGAAUGCCCUGAAAUAUCCCGUGUUUCUAAUUUUUCGAUUUAUUAAACGGUGA